AUGUCUGGAGCAGGAGGCCGGCAGACAGUCAGCCCGGGCCGGGGGCGGCGGCGUUGGAGCCGCCGGGAGGUGUGCCUGCUCUCGGGCCUGGUGUUCGCGGCGGGGCUGUGCGUCAUCCUGGUCUGCAUGCUGGCCCUCAAGUACCUGGCGGCCGAGCGGGACGGCUACUGCCUGGAGGACUGCCAGGAGAAGAGGGCCUUCCUCAAGGCCUCGCGCUUCAUCGCCGGCAACGUGGACCCCACCAUCGACCCCUGCAAGGACUUCUACUCCUUCGCCUGCGGCGGGUGGCUGCGGCGCUAUGGCAUCCCCGAGGACAAGCUCAUCUACGGCAUCAUUGCCGCCAUCGGGGAGCAGAACGAGGAGAAGCUGCGGCGCCUGCUGCUCCAGCCCGUCCGCCGGCCCGCCCGGGCCUCGGCCGAGCGCAAGGUCAAGGCCUUCUUCCGCUCCUGCCUCGACAUGGCCGAGAUCGACCGCCUGGGGCCCCAGCCCAUGCUGGAGGUCCUGGAGGACUGCGGGGGCUGUGGCAUGGCGGGCAGCAGCCCAGGCCGCUGGGACUUCAACGAGCUGCUCUACAAGACCCAGGGGGUCUAUAGCACGGCCGUGCUCUUCUCCCUCACCGUCAGCCUGGACGACAAGAACUCCUCCCGCUACAUCAUUCGGAUUGACCAGGAUGGGCUGACGCUGCCAGAACGGACCCUCUACCUGGGCCAGGAUGAGGAGAGCGAGAAGAUCCUGGCGGCGUACCGCAUCUUCAUGGAGCGCCUGCUGGGGCUGCUGGGUGCCGAGGCCGUGCCGCAGAAGGCGGCCGAGAUCCUGCAGCUGGAGCAGCGGCUGGCCAACAUCACGGUCUCGGAGUACGACGACAUGCGGCGGGACGUCAGCAGCAUGUACAACAAGGUGACGCUGGGCGAGCUGCAGCGCAUCACCCCCACCCUGAGGUGGAAGCACCUGCUGGACCGCAUCUUCCACGAGGACUUCUCGGAGGACGAGGAGGUCGUGCUGCUGGCCACCGACUACAUGCAGAAGGUGUCAGAGCUCAUCCGCAGCACGCCCAGCAGGAUCCUGCACAACUACAUGCUGUGGCGCAUCACGGUGGUGCUGAGCGAGCACCUGUCAACGCCCUUCCGCGAGGCCAUCCACGAGCUGUCCCGUGAGAUGGAGGGCACCGAGAAGCCGCUGGAGCUGGCCAGGGUCUGCCUCAGUCAGGCCAACAAGCACUUCGGCAUGGCCCUGGGCGCCCUCUUCGUCCGUGAGCACUUCUCCUCCGCCAGCAAGGCCAAGGUGCAGCAGCUGGUGGAGGACAUCAAGCACAUCCUGGACCAGCGGCUGGACGAGCUGGACUGGAUGGAUGACGAGACCCGGCACGCGGCCAGGGACAAGCUCCAGUACAUGAUGGUGAUGAUCGGGUACCCAGACUUCUUGCUACAGCCAGACUCCAUCGACAGCGAGUACGAGUUCGAGGUGGAUGAGAAGACGUACUUCAGGAACAUCCUCAACAGCAUCAGGUUCAGCAUCAAGGUCUCGGUGAAGAAGAUCCGGCAGGAGGUCGACAAGUCUGCGUGGCUGCUGCCUCCCCAGGCGCUGAACGCCUACUACCUGCCCAACAAGAACCAGAUGGUGUUCCCGGCCGGGAUCCUGCAGCCCACGCUAUACGACCCCGAGUUCCCGCAGUCCCUGAACUACGGCGGCAUCGGCACCAUCAUCGGGCAUGAACUGACUCACGGCUACGACGACUGGGGAGGCCAGUACGAUCGCCACGGGAAUCUGGUGCACUGGUGGACCGAGGCCUCGUACAGCAAGUUCCUGAAGAAGGCCCAGUGCAUCGUGGACCUGUACGACAACUUCACCGUCUACAACCAGCGGGUGAACGGGAAGCACACGCUGGGGGAGAACAUCGCCGACAUGGGGGGGCUCAAGCUGGCCUACUACGCCUAUCAGAAGUGGGUGCGGGAGCACGGGCCCGAGCACCCCCUGCACCGCCUGAAGUACACCCACGACCAGCUCUUCUUCAUCGCCUUCGCCCAGAACUGGUGCAUCAAGCGGCGCUCGCAGUCCAUCUACCUGCAGGUGCUGACCGACAAGCACGCCCCCGAGCACUACAGGGUCCUGGGCAGCGUCUCGCAGUUCGAGGAGUUCGGCCGCGUCUUUCACUGCCCCAAGGACUCGCCCAUGAACCCGGCGCACAAGUGCUCGGUGUGGUGAGGCCACCCGCCUGCCUCCCCUGGGCUGGACGGGCACGAUUUGGGGGGGACCCGUCCCAGCGAGGGGGCUGCUGGGGACGCACAGACAGAUGGCGGCUGGACAGACGUGUGGAUGAAGAGGCCGAGACGAAGCAGGCGAUGGACCCGCUCCAGCUGGGACGUGUUCCCCCCCACCCCCCACCUACACAUCUGGAC